AUGGUAAGAGCUGCUUUCUAUGACAAAAAUGGACUGAAGAAAGGUGCAUGGAGUAGAGAAGAGGAUGAGAGGUUAAGAGUUUUUGUUCAGAAACAUGGUCAUUCUAAUUGGCGUCAACUCCCCAAGUUUGCAGGUUUAGCAAGGUGUGGAAAAAGUUGCAGGCUUCGUUGGUUGAAUUACUUGAAGCCAAAUCUAAAACAUGGGAACUUCACCAAAGAGGAAGAAGAAAUAAUCAUCAAAUUACACCAAGAAUUUGGAAAUAGAUGGUCCGUGAUUGCUGAAAAACUGCCUGGAAGAACGGACAAUGAGAUAAAGAAUCAUUGGCAUAGCCACAUAAAAAAGAGCUUAAAGAGCCACGAGAUCACACCAUAUGUGUCCAAGAUAGAUGAUAACAGUGUUGAGGAAAAUUUAAAUGAGACUAAUGAGUUUGUAAAAUCUAAAAGCCCAUGUGCUGAUGUUGGAGAUAGCUUAUAUCAUAUUCUAGAAAGCUCGUUGACAGUGUCCACCGAAACUUCAGAAGGCGACAACACCUCUAACGUUGCACAAUCAACCGUAAACUGCUCCAUAUCAAAAGAAGACACUGCUCCUCCAUUGGUAACAUACGAAGAAUUCAUUGGCGAUUUUUGGACUCAACCAUUCCUCGUAGAGGAUCAGGAUACAUAUACUGAUGAGAUAUGUAAUGCUGAAUCAUUGAUUUUGAAUUUCGAUGGUACAUAUUUGUUGUAG